AUGUGCCCGUCUGAGAUGGGGACGCCGUGGCAUCACUGGUCUCCCGUGCUUAUCAGCCUGGCCGCCCUGUUCUCCAAAGUGACCGAGAGCCGUGGCGUCCUGGAGAGCGUCCAGAGGUUCUCCUUGCUGCCCACCUACCUCCCCGUGACCUACCACAUCAACAACGCCGACGUGUCCUUCUUCUUGAAGGAGGCCAACCAGGACAUCAUGCGCAACUCCAGCCUGCAGUCCCGUGUGGAGUCCUUCCUGAUUUACAAGGCCAAGCGGCUGCCCGUCCUGAACGCCAGCUACGGGCCCUUCUCCAUCGAGCAGGUGGUGCCCCAGGACCUGAUGCUGCCCUCUAGCCCCUUCGGAUUCACCAACAAGUUUUCCCUCAACUGGAAGCUGAAGGCGCACAUCCUGCGGGACAAGGUGUACCUGAGCCGGCCCAAGGUGCAGGUGCUAUUCCACCUGCUGGGCCGGGACUGGGCGGCCCCGAGCCCUGGCGAAAGGCUGCCGUGCCUGCGCCUGUUUGCCUUCCGCGAGACCCGGGAGGUGCGGGCCGGCUGCCAACUGCAGGGGGCCCUGGGGCUGUGCGUGGCCGAGCUGGAGCUGCUGGCCGCCUGGUUCGGGCCCCCCAGCGUGGUGGCCGGGAGGAAGAAGGCGCCCGGGCCGCCCGAGGGGAGCCCCGUGGAGCUCUACUACUCCGUGCAGCCGGGGGACGCGCGCGGGGACUGCGCGGGCGGCGACGUCCGGAAGGGCAAUGCCGUCCGGCCGGGGAAGGACGGGCUGGACGAGGCCGUGCCCCACCUGCAAAGGAUCGGGAGUGUCUUCCUAUACCAGACGGGCAGCCGGCCGGCGCUGAGGGAGCUGCGUCUGGACAGCAAUGUGGCCAUCCUGUACUCGGCGCACACGGCCAGGCAGGGCGACGUGCUCACCUUCCCCGUGGCCGUGUCCCGAAACUGCAGCGCCGAUCGCUUCACGCUCAGGGCCAAGGUGAAGAAGGGUGUGAGCGUCGUGGGGGUGAGAGCCAGCAGCCCUUCCAUUUGGGAGGUCACGCAGGGCACGGACCACAGCGGCAAGUACGCACCUGCCGUCAUCGUUUGCCAGAAGAAAUCUGCUGGCUCGGAAAACAGUGUGGAUGGAGCCUCCUACGAAGUCAUGCAGAUCGAUGUGGAAAUAGAGGAGCCCAGUGACCCACCGGCCACACAGCUUGUCACGUGGCAGGUGGAAUAUCCAGGGGACAUCACGUCCGACUUGGGCAUAUCCAAGAUCUACGUGAGCCACAAGGACGUGAUGGGUGUCAUACCGCUGGCCAUGGAGGCUGAGAUCCUGAACACAGCCAUACUCACGGGGAAGAUGGUGGCCGUUCCGGUGAAGGUGGUGUCGGUGGAGGAGGACGGCACGGUGACUGACCUGCUAACGUCUGUGGAGUGCCGGUCGUCUGACGAAGACGUGAUCAAGGUGUCCGACAGAUGUGACUACGUCUUCGUCAACGGGAAGGAGAUGAAAGGCAAAGUGAACGUGGUGGUGAACUUCACCUACCAGCACCUGAGCAGCCCCCUGGAGAUGACCGUGUGGGUGCCCCGCCUCCCGCUGCAGAUCGAGGUCUCGGACACGGAGCUCAACCAGAUCAAGGGCUGGAGGGUGCCCAUCGUCUCCAACAAAAGGCCGGCCCGGGACAGCGACGAGGAAGAGGACGACGACAGGAGGGGGGGUCGCGGCUGCACGCUCCAGUACCAGCACGCCAUGGUGCGCGUCUUGACGCAGUUCGUGGCCGAGGCGGCGGACCGGGGCGGCCACCUGGCCCACUUGCUGGGCUCAGACUGGCAGGUGGACAUCACGGAGCUGGUGGGCGACUUCAUGCAGGUAGAGGAGCCCCGCAUCGCCAAGCUGCAGGGGGGACAGGUCCUCGUCGGCCAGGAGCUUGGGAUGACCACCAUUCAGAUCCUGUCGCCUCUGUCGGACGCCAUCUUGGCAGAAAAGACCAUCACCGUGCUGGAUGAGAAGGUGACCAUCACCGACCUCGGGGUCCAGCUGGUGACAGGGCUGUCACUCUCCCUGCAGCUCAGCCCAGGGAGUAACAGAGCCAUCUUUGCCACCGCGGCGGCACAGGAGCUUCUGCAAAGGCCCAGACAGGAAGCGGCCAUCAGUUGCUGGGUCCAGUUCAGCGAUGGUUCCAUCACCCCCUUAGACAUCUACGACGGCAAAGACUUCUCCUUGGUGACCACCUCCCUGGACGAGAAGGUGGUCUCCAUCCACCAAGACCCCAAAUUCAAGUGGCCCAUUAUCGCUGCUGAAACUGAAGGGCAGGGCGCCCUGGUGAAGGUCGAAAUGGUCAUCAGUGAACCAUGCCAGAAAUCCAAACGUAAGAGCGUGCUGGCCGUGGGAACAGCCAACGUCAAAGUUAAGUUUGGCCAAAACGAUGCGAACCCUAACACCAGUGACAGCAGACACGCUGGGGCAGGAGUUCACCUAGAAAAUAACGUCAGUGACAGAAGACCCAAAAAACCCUUGCAAGAGUGGGGGAGUAAGGGAGGAAGGUACCACAGCAGUUCCUCCAUGGGCCUCAUGGAGGGAAGGGGGUCCACGACGGAGAGGUCGACCUUCCAGAGGAAGAGCAGUCAAGGAAGCCUUUUAGAUGAUGACGGCCACUUGCAGACCAUCCCCAUCGAACUCAGCAACUUCCCAACCCAGGGCGACCUGCCCAGAAGCAACGGGGAGACGGACGAGAACGGCCUCACGCAGGCCUCCAAAGGGCUGAGCGACUUGGAGAUCGGCAUGUACGCUCUGCUGGGGGUCUUCUGCCUGGCCAUUCUGGUCUUCCUCGUCAACUGCGUGGCCUUUGCGCUGAAGUACAGGCACAAACAGGUUCCAUUCGAGGAGCAGGAAGGUCUGAGUCACUCGCACGACUGGGUCGGCCUGAGCCACCGCUCCGAACUGCUGGAGAACCACAUCAAUUUCGCGUCCUGCCAAGACGAGCAGAUCACUGCCAUCGACAGGGCCGUGGAUUUCGAAGAGAGCAAGUAUCUGCUCAGCACAGACUCCCAGAAGAGCAGCAACGGGCAGCUGCUCAAGUGUCCCGGCCCCGGUGUCACAGAUGGGAGGGAUCAGAGAGGCGAGCCCCCGGCGUCCCCGACCUCAAAGAGGAAAAGAGUGAAAUUUACCACCUUCACCACCAUCCCCUCGGACGAUAGCUGCCCCACCGUGAACUCCAUAGCGGCCGGUGGUGAGGACAUGAGCUGGGUCUGCCAGGAUCUGGACCCCGGGGAGAGCAGACCGCCGCACGGCUACGUGGAAGGGUUACGUGAGCACGUGUAA